AUGGCUGACCAAAGGCAAACUCGUGGUCGAGCUGCGAUGAUACGAGAUGCACCUGAAGAGGCUCAUGAUGAGUCGUCUGUGCAUAUAGGGCAACAUGAACCGGCCAACGUAGCAGGUAGAGGCCGUGGGCGUGGUAGACCUAGAGGUAGAGCUAGAGGUCAAGCUGUGGAGGAACAGGAACGAGUUCAGGCUCCUGGGAUACCACAACAACCUAACGCGCCAGGCUUCGACUUUAAUCAGUUCUUAGCUGGAGUUGCAGCUAUGCAGGCUAACCAAGUGGAGAAUCAGGCUAUGCAUAGGGAGCAACUAUUGCAACAACAACAGCGUGUUGGUGCAAAUGUUGAUAGAGACAGUGUUUUGGCUUAUAUGCGGCUCAAACCAACAGAAUUUGAUGGUUCAGGCGAUGCAUUGGAUUUCCUUGAGGAAGUUGAGCGUAAUGCUAGACGUUUGCAGGCUGACGAGAGACAGUCAAUCUUGUUAGUUGAAAUGUCAAUGAAAGGACCAGCAAAAGAUUGGUUUCGACGUAUAAUUCAACCUACGAUGAAUCAAAUGACCUGGGCAGAGUUUGUUAAUCGGUACAGAGAAUUUUAUCUGCCAUUUUCUGUGAACGAGAGUUAUCGUGAUCAAUUGCUGAAUUUGAGAAGAGGAAAUAGGUCAGUGCAAGAAUAUGUGACGGAGUUCACUAGGUUGGGAAGAUUUGCACCUGAUUUGAUGGCUGAUCCAGCAAGGGCGAAUGCGAGUUUUAUCAAGGGUUUAGGACCCGAGUUUAUUAGCCUUGUUUCUGAUGUGAACCGAGAUUUGAUCCAUUUGAUAGACAGUGCACGUCAAAUGGAGACUUCGUUGGUACAGUUUGGCAGAAUUGUAAAUUCUACUGCACCAGUGUCGACAAGGAGUGAUCAAGAUGGUGCGACAGCCAGUACACAAAUGUGGUUUAAUCCAAGUGGUUUUACUGGACCGCGACGUAAAAAUUUUAAAGGGAAGAGUAAUAAGCGUUUCAAUACCCCUGGAGCUAGUUCAAGUGGACGUAGCUCAGGAAGUUCUGGAGUUUUAACUCCAUAUUGCCAGAAUUGUCGGAGGAGACACUAUGGAGUGUGUCACCUUGCUCCAGGAGCGUGCUUUGUUUAUGGCCAACCAGGCCAUUAUGCAAGACAAUGUCCAAUGUCAGGAGCACAAGGGUCUGCUACCAGUGUUGCUCAACCUUUUCAGCAGCAGCGGAGACCUAUGUUUCCGGCGGCAUCUGGGCAAGGUCAAACUGGUAGUACAUUUACUAGCCAGAGAGGAAGAGGUUUUGGUAAUAAUCGAGGUGGAGGAAGAAAUGGUGGAGGAAGAGGUACUGGUCAGAACUCUCAAGCGGAGGGGAGUCAAGCCAGGGUGUUUGCACUAAAUCCACAAGAGGCUCAAGCCUCUAAUGCAGUUGUGCAAGGUAUUUUUACUAUAGCUUCUAUGGAUGCUUUAGUAUUAUUUGAUCCGGGUGCAACACAUUCAUUUGUUUCACCGAGUUUUGCGAUUAAGAUGGGAAAGCAACCCGCUUACUUGCAAAAUCCAUUAUCAGUAGCCACGCCAAUGGGUGAAAGUAUGGAUGCGGACAUAGUUUAUUCGUCUUGUCCUGUGAAUGUUCAAGGACGAGAGUUGCUUGCCGAUCUAAUUUUGCUAGAAGUACUAGCAUUUGAUGUUAUAUUAGGUAUGGAUUGGUUAGCUCGACAUAAUGCGAGUGUGGAUUGUCGCGAGAAGUUAGUGACAUUCAAUACCCCUGGAAUUGAGGUGGUUUCACUUCAAAGUGAAAAAUUAAAAUCCACUGCUAGCAUAAUCUCAGCUAUGAAAGCUCAACGAAUGAUGAGAAAAGGAUGUCCAGCAUUCUUGGCUAUUGUGUUGGAUACAGAGAAAGCUCAAGGAACUGUACAGAAUGUACCGGUGGUAAUGGAGUAUCCAGAUGUUUUUCCAGACGAAUUACCGGGAUUACCACCAGAUAGGGAGAUAGAGUUUUGUAUUGAGUUAGCUCCUGGUACCAAACCGAUAUCAAUACCUCCUUAUCGAAUGGCGCCAGCAGAGUUAAAGGAACUGAAAGAUCAACUAGAGGAACUACUUAGUUGUGGUUUUAUCAGACCAAGUGUUUCACCAUGGGGAGCACCUGUUUUAUUUGUUAAAAAGAAGGACGGAUCAUUUCGGCUCUAUGAUAUUUUGAUCUACUCGCGUACGGAGGAGGAGCAUGCACAUCAUUUGCGCAUAGUUCUUCAGACAUUGAGGGAGCAUCAAUUAUACGCCAAGUUUUCAAAGUAUGAAUUUUGGUUAGAAGAAGUAGCAUUUUUGGAACAUGUUGUGUCUCAAAAUGGAAUCAAAGUAGAUCCAAAGAAGAUUGAAGCAGUUGUGGAAUGGAAACGACCAACUUCAUUAACUCAGAAGAAUGCAAAGUACGAAUGGACAGAGAAAUGCGAUAACAGUUUUCAGAAACUGAAGGAGUGUCUAACGACAGCUCCAGUGCUAGCAUUACCUGAAGGUAUUGAAGGAUUCACUGUUUACUGUGAUGCUUCAAGGGUUGGUUUAGGAUGUGUUUUAAUACAUUACUUGUACGGUGCAACGUGCGAGAUAUUCACAGAUCAUAAAAGUUUGAGGUAUAUUUUUGAUCAACGUGAAUUGAAUCUCAGACAGAGAAGGUGGUUAGAGUUGCUUAAGGACUAUGAUUGCACUAUACAGUAUCAUCCGGGUAAAGCCAAUGUGGUGGCUGAUGCGUUAAGUAGGAAGUCUGCGGGAAGUUUAGCACAUGUUACUAUAGAGUGGCGAAGGCCAUUGAUCAAAGAGAUCAAUACGAUGUUCAGUCAGAACAUCAGAUUUGAAGUUUCUUAUCUUGGAAGCUUGAUAGCCCAGUUAAGUGUGCGACCAACUCUAAUCGACAGGAUUAGGGAACUACAAGGUGAAGAUCCUCAACUAAAGCGUGUCAUGGAAGAGGUAGAGAAAGGAAAGUGUCAAGACUUCAGUGUUGUUAAUGGAACACUGAAGUAUGGUACCAGAUUAUGUGUACCAGAUAUUGAAAAUUUAAGGCAGAAGAUCAUGGAGGAAACCCAUGGAUCAACUUAUAGUAUUCAUCCAGGUUCUACCAAGAUGUAUAGAGAUAUUAAGGAGAUGUACUGGUGGAACGGAAUGAAGCGAGAUAUUGCAGAGUUUGUAGCAAGGUGUCCAGUGUGUCAGCAAGUUAAGCUUGAACACCAAAGGCCAUAUGGAUUUUUACAACCCCUACCCAUACCAGAGUGGAAGUGGGAGAGGAUUACAAUGGACUUUGUGAUAUCAUAUACUGCGGCGAAAUUGGCACAAGUAUAUAUUGACAAGAUAGUCAGUUUACAUGGAAUUCCCGUGUCAAUAGUUUCAGAUAGAGGUUCAGUAUUUACCUCUAGAUUUUGGGAAAGUUUGCAAGAAGCGAUGGGAACACGCUGGGAUGUGUAUUUGCCAUCAGUAGAGUUCUCAUACAACAACAGCUAUCAUUCCAGUAUCGAGAUGGCUCCAUAUGAGGCAUUAUACGGUCGUAAGUGUCGAUCUCCUAUCUGUUGGAAGGAAGUAGGAGAAACAAAAUUGACAGGAGCAGAGAUUAUCCAAAUUACCUCAGAGAAGGUACCAUUAAUUAAGCAACGAUUGGAAACUGCUUUUAGUCGCCAGAAAAGUUAUGCAGAUUCAAAGAGAAAAGAGAUAGAGUUUCAAGUUGGUGACUAUGUCUUUCUGAAAGUAUCACCAAUGAAGGGUGUUUUUCGGUUUGGAAAGAGAGGCAAGUUAUCUCCAAGGUAUGUGGGACCUUACGAGAUUAUAGACCGCAUCGGAGCAGUAGCAUAUAAAUUAGAUCUACCGCCAGAUAUGUCACAAGUUCAUCCGGUGUUUCACAUAUCGAUGCUGCGAAAGUAUAUCGCAGAUCCUUCUCAUGUGAUUCAACCACAAACUGUAGAGGUUAAUGAGGAACUUUCUUACGAGGAGCAGCCUGUUGAGAUAGUAGAUACUCAACUGCGGAAACUUCGUACUAAGGAGAUUCCUAUGGUGAAAGUGCUGUGGAGAAAUCAUUCUGUAGAAGAGUGUACGUGGGAGACAGAGAUGGAUAUGCGUCAGCGAUAUCCUUACUUAUUUUUACAAGGUACGUAG